AUGGAUAUAAUGAGACCCUUAAUAAAUGAGCAAAACUAUGAUGGGACAUCAGAUGAAGAACAUGAGCAAGAGCUCCUGCCUGUUCAGAAGCGUUACCAGCUUGAUGAUCAAGAGGGUAUUUCGUUCGUACAAACUCUUAUGCAUCUUCUUAAGGGGAAUAUUGGAACUGGUCUUUUAGGACUUCCACUGGCAAUAAAAAAUGCAGGCAUAGUGCUUGGACCAAUCAGCCUUGUGUUUAUAGGAAUUAUUUCUGUUCACUGUAUGCACAUUUUGGUACGUUGCAGUCACUUUCUAUGUCAGAGGUUUAAAAGGUCAACAUUAGGGUAUAGUGACACUGUGAGUUUUGCUAUGGAAGUAAGUCCUUGGAGUUGUCUGCAGAAGCAAGCAGCAUGGGGACGGAGUGUGGUUGAUUUUUUUCUGGUGAUAACACAGCUGGGAUUCUGUAGUGUUUAUAUUGUCUUCUUAGCUGAAAAUGUGAAACAAGUUCAUGAAGGGUUCCUGGAGAGUAAAGUGUUUGUUUUGAAUAGUACCAAUUCAUCAGAUCCAUGUGAGAGAAGAACUGUUGACCUAAGGAUAUAUAUGCUUUGCUUUCUUCCAUUUCUAAUUCUUUUGGUCUUCAUUCGUGAGCUCAAGAAUCUAUUUGUGCUUUCAUUCCUUGCCAACGUUUCCAUGGCUGUGAGUCUUGUGAUAAUUUAUCAAUAUAUUGUUAGGAAUAUGCCAGAUCCCCACAACCUUCCAAUAGUGGCUGGCUGGAAAAAAUACCCUCUAUUUUUUGGUACUGCUGUAUUUGCUUUUGAAGGCAUAGGAGUGGUCCUUCCACUGGAAAACCAAAUGAAAGAAUCAAAACGCUUCGCCCAAGCAUUGAAUAUUGGCAUGGGAAUUGUUACAACUCUGUAUGUAACAUUAGCUACCUUAGGAUAUAUGUGUUUCCAUGAUGAAAUCAAAGGCAGCAUAACUUUAAAUCUUCCCCAAGAUGUUUGGUUAUAUCAAUCAGUGAAAAUUCUCUAUUCCUUCGGCAUCUUUGUGACAUAUUCAAUUCAGUUCUAUGUUCCAGCAGAGAUAAUUAUCCCUGUGAUCACAUCCAAAUUUCAUGCUAAAUGGAAGCAAAUCUGUGAAUUUGCAAUAAGGUCCUUCUUGGUUACUAUUACUUGUGCUGGAGCGAUUCUGAUUCCUCGUUUAGACAUUGUGAUUUCCUUCGUCGGGGCUGUGAGCAGCAGCACAUUGGCCCUGAUCCUACCGCCUCUGGUUGAAAUUCUUACAUUUUCUAAGGAGCACUACAAUAUAUGGAUGAUCCUGAAAAACAUUUCUAUCGCGUUCACUGGAGUUGUUGGUUUCUUGUUAGGUGCAUAUGUGACUGUUGAAGAAAUUAUUUAUCCUACUGCCAAAGUUUUCGCUGGCACUCCACAAAGGUCCUCUUUAAAUUUGAAUUCGACAUGCAUUACAUCUGGUUUGAAAUAGUAGAAGCAGAAUUAUGAGUCUCAAGUCUGAAAAUGAUGAAAAUAAGAACCAUGAGAACACAUUGCCAUACACUUAAAAACCGUUUUCUUUGGGCACAACAUUGAUAUUUUGGCAGUAAAUUAUAAUUCUUUACCAAUACUGAUAAACUACGACAGAUUUGUGGUUUUAAGUAUUAGCAGCAAUUUCAAAAAUUUUAGUUCUGAAAAUUGAA